AUGGCUGAUAUCACCGCCGUCGCUGACGAAAACCCUUCUCCCUCCCAGGACGACCUCGUGUCCGGGGGCAAUGGCGCUGCUGCUGCUGCUGCUGCUGCUGCUGCUGCCGCCGCCGCUGCUGAGAAUCGCACUACCAAGCGCCCUCGCAUCAGCAACGCGGCCGAAGACGAUGAUGACGACGAUGAAAAGCCUGGUCGUGAGCGCCGGAAGAUAGAAAUCAAGUUCAUCCAGGAUAAAUCGCGUCGCCACAUCACGUUUUCCAAGCGAAAGGCUGGCAUAAUGAAGAAGGCUUAUGAACUGUCCGUCCUCACGGGCACCCAGGUCCUGCUCCUGGUGGUAUCCGAAACAGGUCUGGUUUACACGUUCACCACUCCAAAACUCCAACCGCUUGUCACCAAACCAGAGGGGAAGAAUCUCAUCCAGGCAUGCCUCAAUGCCCCAGAGCCUGCCAGCGCAGAGAACGGCGUUGAAGUACCCGAAGUCCCCACGGAAGCUUCAGACGAUGUCAGUCACGCCAAUGUCGCGGGCCAACAACCCAAUAUUCCCCGUCCUGGCGCUAUGCAUCCCGGAUACAUGUCCAGUGAGCAUCAGCAACAAAUUGCAUAUUACCAAAACCUCCAACAACAACAGCAGCAACAAGCACAGGCCGGAGGUCAGUAUACAGGUAUGCCAAUUGGCGCACGCCUACCUCAGCAACAUCAACCUGCUGCAUAG